GUUUUAUGUGUAGUUAUAAUUUUGGAAACCCAGUGGAAACUAUAGAUUGAGCUAUUGAAUUAAAAAGUAUUGUGCUUUAGACAGAAUCGGGGCUGCUAACGUAUGCAGUAUAUUAUACAGUAGAUUUGUUCGGAAAUCGAAAGGAAUAUGAGAUGGCGAUUUGGUUUCGUUUUUAUUCUGGAUGUUAGUUUGAUAGUUUGCUGUGGUGCAACGCGUUCAACAAUCUCAUUGGACAGUUGGAGCACGUGGUCAUCCUGCAGUGUGACGUGUGGUUCGGGGGUUGCCACUCGCCGUUGGAAAUGUUCAGGAAUAAACUGCGAGCAAAAAGUCGAAACCAAACCAUGUUUUCCAGAAUUUUGUCCAAGUUAUAUGACUUGGCCCAGAUUACACUACAGCGGGACGAUUGUAUACGAUGCAAACACAGUCAAUAACAAGAGAUGUAACUUUGAUAUUGAAAAUUAUCCCAACAUUGCUUUGAAAAUAAAAGAAAAAACUGUUUACUUUGUGAACAAGACGAUCCCAAGUUACAAAUUCCAAGUCAAUAACUGGAAUCCUGAUGGUAGUGGACACGUCUAUUUCAUGAAUACUACAAUCAAAUCCAUUUGUACAGGUCCCUUGCAAUGCUCAACCACUGAUACUAUUGUUGGAUCUGUGUUUAAAGACACAUCAAGAGGGCAAUUGGCUACAAUUGAUGUAGAUUUCCAGGUGACUUCAGAAAUCUGGGGCCUUGCUGUGGAAAUCCCUGGUGUACUGAAAGCUAAGUAUCUUGCUGGUGCAGACCAACAGAAGAUGAACAGGAUACCCCAUCAUCAUUAUGAUAAAAAACUAAGGGGUUAUGCCUAUAAUGGUAUGGCAAGAUUGAAAAGUAAACUAGUUGACCUUCAAUGGUCAAGCUCUUACUACAAGCAGUUGUUCCGUAACGCAACCGAGCUUAGUGUGACGAUCGUCAUAGAUUUAUAUAACCAUUUCUCUUUCUCUGGAAGAGUGGCUGGGGUUAUUGGUCUAACAUCUGAUGAUGAUCCAAAGGAGACAUCAGCAGGUCGAAUGAUGAAGUCCCAGUUACAAUCGUUGCCCGCCCCUUUCUUUGUCAACUACAAACAUAAGAUAAUCACAUUAGAUUUAUCAUCAACUUUAACUGGGAGGGAAGAUGGGACAUUUAUUACAAAAGGAUACGAUAUUGGGUUUAAAAUAAACUGCAGGUUUCCAUUAGUGUAUGCUACCCAUAUAUGCCAGAACAAGAUCACAACUAAAAAAGGAGAAUCCGUGUCCCUUAUUACAACUAAUGGUUCGUUCUCUUCACUUUACCUUGAUGAAGCUGGCCGAUUUUACAAAGUAUUUGCUGGGAUAGUAGAUGUUGAUAUAUCCCAUAUGAGCACAAGGGAUAUGAACCUGUUAAAGUAUCAUGAAGUGGUGAUAGUGCAGAAACAUAACGAUCAAUGGAAAAUAGUGAUUGGAGAAUUCUCUAAAGGGGUCCAGGUCGGAAUAUUCAGUAAAGUACAAUUAAGAUUGAACCUGGGCCAGUCAAAGGAAUACGUUUCGUAUAUUUCAAGGUUUAAUAAACCUCUUCCAAACACACAAGUUAACAUUGAAGUUUGUCCAGCUAAUGCAGCGGUUAUAUGCGGGCAGCCUUCAUGUAAAUUGCCUUUAUCUACACCCAGAGAUGCUUUAAAAAUUGAAGCUUUGUCCCCACUCACAAAUAGCAAAGGAUUGAUAACCCACAAACUAACUGCAGUUAAAAGUCCUAAUGGUUUGCGUGGGUGUGGACUAGAUGGUCAACUGUAUAUGAUGAAAGUACAAGCAGAUGUUAGCAUUGGAGGGCAGAUGCAUUCAUAUUUGAACGGGUAUUUUUGUGGAUCCAAAUCAACUUUCUAUGAAACUGUUCUGUGGCCAUUAGUACGAAUAUAUGAUGAGACACCUGUCCCAGUUUGCCCCACUUGGAUGGAUGUUAGAGGUAUCUUCACACAGUACUACAACCUAUACCCUGUCAUGUGGAAGAAUGGAAUAAUUAACCUUAGAUCUUACGAUGAUGUGCGAAGGAGAGAAAGAAUGUUAAAAGCCGCCAUGUUUGAGACUGACUUCUCAAACUCAAAAUACAUGCCAGCUUCACGUGAUUUAUCGCUGAGUAAGCAGAAAUUAAUCUGGAACUGGAUGCAAUGUGGAAUGAAGUAUGGGAAUGAAACAAGAGAUGCAUUGGAUCCUGAUAUUUGUAGUCCAAGCAAAGUAAAUGAAAAUCUCAUUCAUUUAAAAAAACUUCUACAAAAAGCUGUAUUCCUUGAGCUAACCACAAUCCCCCCAUAUUUCACUGCAUGGUUAAGUUUACAAACUGAAUAUGCAAGGAAUCUUAAAGUAGCUAAUGUCCUCAAAUCAAUCUACACUGAAGAGAUGCUUCAUAUGUCACUUGCCGCAAACUUUCUUAACUCAAUAGGUGGGACAGUGAAGUUAGCUGACAUGUGGAAUAUACCAAUCUACCCCACACAGUUAGCAGAGGGUGGUUACUAUGAUGUAGCACCUCAAGUAUUGGUUGCAUUGAAGCCAUUCUCUAUUGGAUAUGUUAAAGAUGUCUUCAUGAAAGUUGAAAAACCAUCGCCGGCGAAAGAAAGAAAUGAUUUAUUUGAAAUAGUUGGUUUAUGGAAGAUGCUCCCUACUGCCUCUGGUGACCAAUUUACAAACAACAUGGACCAGCUGAUCAAAGAAUAUGAAACACAAUAUCAAGAUGUCAGUGACAACCACGAAACUUUAGAUGCCACGGAAAAGUUACAACUUCUACAGAAGUGGCACGCUGUCAAGCAAUCAGCUGCCAGACAGUUAAAACCUUCACCAAAUCCUAUAAAUACAGUAGGGUCUUUGUAUACACAAAUAUUAUCAAAAACAAUACUUUUGGAGUCAUGCGCUAAAAUUGAUGGGUUAAACAAUAAAGGGCCUGGAACUAUAUUUGUAGGCGAUCCAAUUAAACAGUUAAAUAUGUCAUAUUGGUAUAAUCCCGUGAAGAAAAGUAAAUUAGAAGAAACAGCAAAGUUUUGGAGUUCUGAGAUGUCAAAAGAAGAACUCGUCCUCAACGAAAGACAAACAAGUUUUAAGAUCAAGAGAGUUGAGCGAGAUUCUUUUCCUCCAGGAUCAGAUCUUGUCUCUCCUCUUUUCCCCAUCACUGAUCUUAAGUCUGCCAUUCAAGGAGUUGUUGAGAUCAUUUAUCAGGGUGAAGGGGGAAGUCCAUGUUCACCCUUUAAGUCAGCCAAGCCUGGUGGGACUCUGUCACUCCAGACUUCUCAUUAUGUGAAGUUCAUGGAAAUUGUACAUGGUCGGACGUUGGUUCAAAUGAAAAGACCAUCGGUUGACAGUGGGAUAUCAUGUUUGAACCUCACACUUUUCGACUGUCCAAACAAACUCAAAAGUGAUGAAGCUUUCUGCUUUGCAGGGGAUGAAAUAGCUUUUUAUGAAGAUGGUGUAUGGCCAAUAGUAAGCAACCCCACACCAACCAUGUACAAACCAGGGACAGAUGCUCACCAUUUUAACCAUCAGUUUAAUAUUCAAUACACAAGAUUACUUUUCUGUUUAGAAUCUGCAUUUGGUGGAAACCCGUCUAAAAUGCGGUCAUGCAUGAGCUACAUGUACGACCUGAUAAUCACGGGCAAACGGUUGGUCAGAUCACCAGUGGGUGUCACUAAAGAUACAUUUAUUACGCAACCACAUUGUUCAAACUGCCACGCUACGCCAACUUGGGAUUUGUUAAGAGAUAUUGACCAGCAGUUAGAUUUGCCAUUAGCUCCUGGAUAAAACACAUUAUGCCAUAAUACCUGUGUGUAUGAUAAAUUAAUUGCUAUAAUACUUUCAUUUAUGAUGUAAUAAUGCCAUAAUACUUGCGUUUAUGAUGGAACAAUUGUCAUAUUACUUGCGUUUAUGAUGGAACAAUUGUCAUAUUACCUGCGUUUAUGAUGGAACAAUUGUCAUAUUACUUGCGUUUAUGAUGGAACAAUUGUCAUAUUACUUGCGUUUAUGAUGGAACAAUUGUCAUAUUACCUGCGUUUAUGUUGGAACAAUUGUCAUAAUACUUGUGUUUAUGAUGAAAUAGUAGCUACAGAUCUGCAUUUGGAGGAUAUUAUUUAUUUUCUCUGUGAUGAAUUAAGUUAUAUGUGCAAUAAAUCAUAAUUUUGGCUUGGCGAUUUAA